AAAACAUUAAGGAAGAGAGGGAGAAGGGCUUUUAAAAGGAGAGAGAACCACAAAGGAUUAUUGACACUUUCAGACAGAUACUACAAUCAAAACCCUCUCUCUCCCCAAUCUCUUUCUCUCUCUAGCUUCUACUUUUUUGCUGUUACCUUUGUUUCUUCCAUUUCUCAUUUCUCAAUGACCAACAACAACAAAGAAACUUUCAACAUGGCAGAUCUCACUUCUGCUCUCAAUGAAGAGGAUCGUGCUGACCUAGUUAACGCUCUCAAGAGCAAGAUACAGAGUCUUGCUGGGCAACACUCUGAUAUUCUAGAGAGUCUAUCCCCUGUUGUCAGGAAGCGUGUUGAAGUUCUCAGAGAGAUUCAGGGUCAACAUGAUGAAUUAGAAGCAAAGUUUUUGGAGGAGAGAGCGGCUCUAGAAGCUAAAUACCAAAAAUUGUAUCAACCAUUGUACACAAAGCGUUAUGAAAUUGUGAAUGGUGUCGCUGAAGUGGAAGGGGUAGCAAGUGAAACUACAGCCGAAGCUGAAGAAGAUAAAGAGAAAGGAGUGCCUUCAUUUUGGCUCAAUGCAAUGAAAAAUAAUGAUGUGUUAGCUGAAGAGAUUUCGGAGCGCGAUGAAGGUGCUCUCAAGUUUCUUAAGGAUAUUAAGUGGAACAGGAUUGAAGACCCUAAAGGAUUCAAGCUUGAGUUCUUCUUUGAUUCCAAUCCUUACUUUUCAAACUCUGUCUUGACAAAAACAUAUCAUAUGGUUGAUGAGGAUGAACCUAUAUUGGAGAAAGCUAUUGGGACGGAAAUUCAGUGGCUUCCGGGAAAAUGCCUGACACAGAAGAUUUUGAAGAAAAAGCCCAAGAAGGGUGCAAAAAAUGCUAAACCAAUUACCAAAACUGAAACCUGUGAAAGUUUCUUCAACUUUUUCAAUCCACCAGAAGUCCCUGAUGAUGAUGAAGAUAUUGAUGAAGAUUUGGCUGAGGAACUUCAGAAUCAGAUGGAACAGGACUAUGAAAUUGGGUCAACAAUAAGAGAUAAGAUCAUCCCCCAUGCUGUAUCAUGGUUUACUGGGGAAGCUGCUCAGGGAGAGGAGUUUGGAGACCUGGAUGACGAAGAUGAGGAUGAAGAUGAUGAUGUUGAUGAGGAUGAUGAAGAUGAGGAUGAGGACGAAGAUGAUGAUGAAGAGGAGGAAGAGACUAAGACUAAAAAGAAGUCAUCAGCAAGUAAGAAGGGUGGAAUAGCUCAGCUCGGUGAUGGUCAGCAGGGCGAAAGACCACCAGAGUGCAAGCAGCAGUAGUUUAUUUCUUCAUUAUGCACUGCUGAACGGUUGUUUUUGGGGUCCUAGUGCCUGAUGAAAAAGUGGGUUUCAAUUUCAUGCGGUUUUUCAUGGUCCUUAAUUCAUUUUCCUCCCUAGUCUGAAUUUAUUGAGAGUCUCUUUCUCUUUUUUGUCUCUCUCCUCUUGGAGAGAUGUUAUAUAGUCAGGGUUGUUGUGAUUUGUUGGUACUUUAGUUUAUAGGUUUCGUUCCCAGAUACUUAAAAGUUUGUGCUUCAUUAUCAGCAAUGUUUCUGGUAAACUCGGAUUAGCAAAUCAUUGCUGCAAGUUUUUGUGUGAAAAAAAAAUGUAAUGAUUUUUUUUUCUUUUUCCAAAUACAUGGAUGGACAUGUUUAGAGUCUGA